AUGGCUUCGCUCCAACCGUCGUCUCCCCGUGAAGGGAAAGAAGUAAGGGUUGAGAGCUCUCUAGACACUCCUGUUGCGACUCCUUUCAAAGUCGAUCUUUCGUCGAGGGUGCCGCACAUGCUGGAUCUGAUUGGAAAGACCGUUCUCCCAGAGGCAGACCUCCCGGCUGCCCACGCGAGUUCCAAUAUGAGUUUGACAACGGGAAUAUCUGUUUCAACACUUAAGCAACUGCAGACUGAGUGGACGACGAGCUUCAACUGGACCAAGGAGCAGGAGCAGAUCAACACAUACCACCACUUCACGACUCAAAUCGGCUCCCAGAAAGUCCACUUCAUCCACGAAAAGUCCUCCGACCCCAACGCCAUCCCGCUCAUCCUCCUCCAUGGCUGGCCAGGCUCAUUCCUCGAAAUGCUACACCUCGUCGACGCCCUCAAGAGCAACACGACAACCCAAUCCUUCCACCUCAUUGUCCCCUCGCUCCCGGGCUUUGCCUUCUCCUCCCCCGCACCCGACGGCUGGACAAUCUCUGACACGGCCACCCUCUUCAACACGCUCAUGACACAGGUCUUGGGCUACAAGUCGUACGCCGCGCAUGGCACUGACUGGGGCUCCGGCGUGGCAUUUGACAUGCACGAUCAGUUCAAUGAGGCGGUGAAAGCAGUGCACUUGAACUUUUUGCCCUUCUUUUCGUCGACGCCGGAGGAGUUGGCGGCGCAGGGGAUUACGCUGACUGGGGAUGAUGCGGUUCAGGAGGAGAGGGCGAUGGACUUUGCGAAUUCGGGAAUUGGGUACUAUAUCGAACAAACGACGGAGGUGAACACGGUUGGCCUCGCUCUCUACGACAAUCCCGUCGGACAGCUCUCCUGGCUUGCUGAAAAGUUCAUCAUCUGGUCUGAUCCCCGCCGAGGAAAUGGUCCCUCGUUCAUGACGGACAACGAGAUCCUCAGACACGUCUCCCUGUACUAUCUCACCCAGACGUUCGACUCAGCCGCCUUUGUCUACGCGCAGAACCCCGACGGGUUCUCGCACAACUGGCGCUCGUCUACAAGCAAGCAGCCUCUCCUGUACAGCAACUUCCGGUACAACAUCUUGUUUUACCCUCAGAAGCAGAUUGCGUCGAUUGCAAACCUGGUGUACUACAGCAGUGAGUUUUUCCCUGCCGUGGAUAACCCAGCUGCGUUGGCUGCUGACAUUCGCCUGAUUGGCAAGUUCUUUAAGCCUUGA